AGUCGUUAUCGUUUGGCAAAAAUGUACAUCACAUCGGCGGCAGUGGUGACCAUCGCGGCAGUCUACCUAACGCUGCUCAUCCCGGAGACCAAAGCCGCUACGCCACAAAUCAUCUCGAGAGCGCAAUGGGGCGCUAGAGCAGCCAAGCGUCGAUCUCCCAAUCUCACGAUGCACCCAGCGCCUUAUGUCGUUCUUCACCACUCGACCGGUGCUAACUGCGACACUCAAGCUAUAUGCCAAUUGAGAAUAAGGGGAUUUCAGAAUUAUCACAUGAACAGCAAAGGGUGGGCCGACAUCGGCUAUAAUUUCAUUGUCGGCGAAGACGGCAACAUCUACGAAGGUCGCGGUUGGGGUAAACAAGGUGCUCAUUCAAAACCUUUCAAUAACAAGAGUAUUGGAAUAUGCGUCAUCGGCGACUACACUAACCGAACGCCAAACACAGCUGCGGUUCAAGCUGUCCAGAGGCUAAUCGAUCACGGGGUAUCCAUCGGCGAAAUAAAGAACGACUACAAGCUGCUCGGGCAUCGGCAAACUUGGCAAACCGCCUGUCCCGGAAACAGUCUUUACACGAUGAUGCAAUCGUGGCCUCAUUGGGCGCCGGCCGCUUAAGCAUUACUUUUGAUAUCGCGGUCGAAACGGUCAGCUCGUAAGCUAUGAUUGCGUUUGUAGUUUUAUUCUUUGUAUUCGUGUCAUUUCUCGCUGGGUCUCUCGAUACACAACCAAAAAAACUAAA